AUGGCGGCGGCGGCGGCGGCGGCGGCGGCGGCGGAGGGGCCGGCAGGGGCCGUGUCCCCGCGGCUGUGGCUGCUGGCGCUGCUGUGGCUGCUGCCCGCCGGGGCGGCGGCGGAGGGGACGGGGGGGCCCGGCGGCGGUCCCGGCGGCGGCGGGGAGCGCUUCAAGAUCGAGGGUCGGGCCGUGGUGUCCGGCCUCAAGCCGCAGGACUGGAUCGCGGCCGCACGCGUGCUGGUGGACGGCGAGGACCAUGUCGGAUUCCUCAAGACAGACGGGAGUUUUGUGGUGCAUGACAUCCCCUCCGGCUCUUACGUCGUGGAGGUCGUAUCACCGGCUCACAGGUUUGAGCCCGUGCGUGUGGACAUCACUUCCAAGGGGAAGAUGAGGGCCCGCUACGUGAACUAUAUCAAGACUUCCGAAGUGGUGCGACUCCCCUACCCGCUGCAGAUGAAGUCGUCCGGCCCACCCUCCUACUUCCUCAAACGGGAGUCCUGGGGCUGGACCGACUUCCUGAUGAACCCCAUGGUGAUGAUGAUGGUCCUGCCGCUGCUCAUCUUUGUCCUUCUGCCCAAAGUCGUCAACACCAGCGACCCCGACAUGAGGCGGGAGAUGGAGCAGUCGAUGAACAUGCUCAACUCCAACCACGAGCUGCCCGACGUCUCCGAGUUCAUGACGCGACUCUUCUCGUCCAAGUCCUCCAGCAAGUCUGGGGGUGGCGGCGGCGGCGGCGGCGGCAAAUCCGGCAAAAGUGGGGCCGGGAAGAGGAGGUAGAGGGAGGCCGGGGCCCCGUCCUUCAUCGGUGGUUCCGACAGACAGGAGAGAGACACAG